AUGAGUUCCACCGGCCUCAAGCAUUAUCAUGAUAAGAAUUACCCGGCAAAAAGAGCAGUUGAAGUUUACUUUUGUGAUGAUCGUUUCCCAUUAAUAAAUGAAAACAUGGAGUUUCCAAUGGAACAAAUUCAUAAAGACAUCGAUUCAGGAAUCGUGAAGGGAGAAACAUUGAUUGAUUUCAGUGUUACAGCCUCAGCAAACCAUCUUAUACCAGCCUGUAAUGGAUUCAAAGAUAUAUACGUGGUAGGAGUUAAUAAGGUCAACAUCAAUGAAUUUGAGAAAUGGCGUCAAAAUAAACAAGACGCUGUUAACUUCUCAUAUGGGGCGAAGGUUCAUCAUAAGCUAGAAGGAGGAAGAACUUCACUACUUUUCUCUGAGAGCCAAUAUUCCGUUAAACCUCCUUCAAGAGAAGCAUGGCACGUGAAGGAAGACAAAAUAAGACAAGCAAUUAAAGGAGUAAUACAAUGGGAUAUUUCUAACGACGAUCAGGUCCCUGUCGAUUUACCCCAAGCAGACUGUGUUCUCAGUCUAUAUCUACUGCAUGUUAUCAGCAAAGACAAAGAAGCCUUUCAGAGCAACCUGAAGAAAAUGACAUCCCGACUUAAAAUAGGGGGGAGCCUGUUACUAUUUUUAGCCACAAAUAUGACAUUUUAUAUAAUUGAUGAUCACAAGUUCUUUUUUUUAACAAUCGAUGAAGAUUUUAUGAAGCAGGCUGUAAUUAAUGCUGGUUUUGUCAUUGAAAAGUGGAAUGUAUUGCCUAGCAAAAAAAACUGUGACCUGGUUGAUUAUGAUUCCAUAAUUCAUGUAAGAUGUCGCAAGGAAAGAAAUGCUUAA